UCUCCGAUUUUCAGUGCUAUUUUCGCCAAAAAGGAAUUGACAGUGAAGGUGUGGUGCAAGGGCGACACAGAGAGCGGGAAGCAUGGAGGUGGGUAUGCUACCAAUCUCAGCAUCAAAGAGAGGAAAGCUCUUAGCAGCUGGUUACACCACUCUCGAUGCCAUUGCUCGCUCCUCCCCAACCCACCUUGCUCGAGAUAUUGAAGUCUCUGAGGAUGAAGCUUCAGAAAUUCUCAAUUUUGCAACCAAAACUAGUGCUUUGAACAGAUCAAAUGGGAGUAACAUUAAUCUUGUUGAGGUAGGUGGACAGACUGCUUGGGAUAUGCUCAAUGAGGAAAAGUUUUCUUCUUGUAUUACCACAUCUUGCGUGGAUUUGGAUAACAUCCUUGGUGGAGGAAUUAAUUGCAAAGAAGUCACUGAGAUAGGUGGAGUUCCAGGCAUUGGUAAAACACAAAUUGGGAUUCAACUUGCAGUAAAUGUUCAGAUUCCACUAGAAUAUGGUGGCCUAGGUGGGAAGGCAAUAUACAUUGACACCGAAGGAAGCUUUAUGGUUGAACGUGUUCUGCAAAUUGCUGAAGCAUGCAUAGAAGACAUGUCAGAAUAUAGCCACCACUUUCACAAGGAUGUUCAAGCUUGUGGAGUUAAAAUGCAUCCUAAUAAUAUCUUGGAAAAUAUAUAUUAUUUUCGUGUUUGCAGCUAUACUGAACAAAUUGCUUUGGUAAAUUACUUAGACAAAUUCAUCUCGGAGCAUAGAGAUGUAAAGAUAGUCAUUAUCGACAGUGUUACUUUCCACUUCCGCCAAGACUUUGAAGAUAUGGCUCUCAGGACUCGGUUACUAAGUGAAAUGGCUUUGAAGUUGAUGAAGCUUGGAAGAAAGUUUUGUUUGGCUGUUGUUCUGUUGAAUCAAGUGACAACCAAGCACAUUGAAGGUUCAUUUCAAUUGACCCUUGCACUGGGCGAUAGCUGGUCACAUUCAUGCACGAACCGGAUCAUCUUAUAUUGGAAUGGCAGUGAACGUCAUGCAUUUAUUGACAAGUCCCCUUCUCUUAAAUCAGCAUCUGCACCUUAUUCUGUGACCUCUAGGGGGAUACGUAAUUCUACUUCAGGCUCUAAAAGAAUCAAGAUGAUGUGAGAUUUUGUGUAAAAAGACAGUGUAUAGCUCAACCUACCCUCGCUCCUUUUGCUUGUUCCUUUCUCACAUUUCAGGACACAAGAAGAUUAUACAACAAUGUUUCUUUUUUUGCCUUUCCUAUAAUACCUGUAGCCUCAAAGUACAGUGAGUUUUGGAUUGGUUUUUUGGAUUAAAUUCUUUAGUUAGCAUGUCUCUCAAACGAAUAGAUAAAGGUUUACCCACAGUUAAUUUAGUUUAAAGUAUAUUGUAAUUUUGAUUUACUGAAAUUCAUGAAUAGACAUAUUCUUGUUCA